CGCGACUGCAAAAAUGCAACUUUUUGUGUACAUGUACUAGUUUCCAGAUUUACAGUCAGUUUUGUGAAUAUAUCAAGUUGAUUUCACAUAAUUUCAGUGUCAAAUUAUGAUUUAUUCAUCGAAUAUGUUUGGUGUUUGUGUUGAACAGUGAUGUGAUAGUGUAGAAGUAAAUAUAACUGGUUGAUUUGGUUCACAAUGUCGGCAAAAGACAAGUGGGUUCGCCGGUUUUCGGUUGACGAAACCGCAAAACACAAGAAUGGAUUCACUAUUUACAAGAUUACUUCAGUGCUAUUCCCAAUACAGUCUCCCGAGGCUCUGACGAUGGUGUCAGUGUGGAAGAGGUACAGCGAUGUCCAGAGGCUGCAUAAGAGUAUGAGGUCUCUCCAUGCAGGGUUACACUUGAGGGGUACCUUCCCCUCACUGCCCCGGUAUAGCUUCUUUAAAAGAUUUCAGCAGGAGGUGAUCACGGAACGAGCUAAGACGAUUAAGUCUUUACUGGAGUUUAUUGCUGAACAUCGCCUGCUUUUUACCAGUACUGACUUUGUCAACUUUUUACAGACAGGCUAUCCUGAGCCCGAGCCCCGAGCCGGCGGCGUGAUCAACGCGAUCAGAUCGUCGCUGCACCUGCCCAUUGAGGAGACCCCGCCGCUUGAGUACCAGACCGAUGAUGAUGAUACAUCCACUCCGACGCAUACUGCUCGGGCCGCCACAGAAUCGUCCCACGCUUCACUCACAAGUCGGGACGAAACCGACUUCAUCUCACAAAUACCCAUCUACGAGGCAGCCGACGUCGAAAUCCGACAUUCACCCAAAAAACUCUCCUUAGCCGACAGUUUCGAAUCCAUCAACUCAAUAGAAAGCAUCGACAGUGAUUUAUACGAUGAACUAAAUAAAUUGACAGUGGAUAAAAAGCCUAGUGUCAAAACAAAAUCAGUGUUGCCAGACUUAAUUAAUUUCGACGCGCCAUCGACGUCUAAAUUUGAUGAUUACCACACUAUGCGUAAGAAGGUUGAUUCGGAUACCGUGUCUUUGAAUUCUAACGUGUGUUCUUCGAGUUGUGAAGUGGACUCGAGACGGAGUAGUUCGCGAGUGUCGUUAUACAGUAAAAGUGUAUUAUCUUUGUCGAAUGAGUGUAAAACUAAGACAGAAGAUAGUUAUGUGUUUGAGGCUGGUUAUAUGUUAAAUUUGGCGGCAAGGUGCGAAGAUAUGGGUGAUUAUCAGAGAGCUUUUGAAUGCUACAAAUCUGGUAUCGAGAAGAUGUUAAUUGGAGUACAAAGUGACACAGAUGCACAACGUCGGGCGUUGAUAAAGGAGAAGACGAACAAAUACCUCUCGUACGCCGAAGAGAUAUACAAGAAUCAUUUAUGUGAUACGGAACAGAGCUUACUACCAGAACGCGACGACAAUGCUCGAGCGAUCCACUGCUCCAUCCCAUCGGCAAUGCUGAAGCGUCCCUACGAGGAGUUGUCACUGUACCGCGUGCUGGACAUCCUGGCGUCCAGCCUCAUGCUCGUGCUGCAUCGCACUGAACAGGCUUACUAUGCUAUGAAGGUGAUACAAAAAAUACCGAACAACCUAACAGAAUUCGACGAAUUCUUCCUUCAACGUACAAACGAGACCCGACAACCAGUGCUACCAACCGUCAUACCAUACAUGGUACCACUACACGCAUACAUAGAAACAAACAAUUUAAUAUUUCUCAUCCUCUCUUACGCACCUGGUAAAAAACUAUUCGACUAUAUAAAGAAUUACUCAAAAUCUCUACCAGCUACCCCGGCCAGAGAAGUGAACUUAGAGAAUGUAUUCACCGAACCGAAGAACAAAAAUGUUGAACAAAACGACAAUGUUGAGAUAGUGUUGGAGACUGUUGAACAGUCGGAUAAGAAUGAGAAUUUGACCGUGAACGAGUUAGUGUUGAAUUCCCAGAAGUUACUGUUGAAUGUCGAUAAAGUGUUGAGUGAGACGAGUGGGGAUGUCGCUACUGAGAAGAAGGUUGAGAGGAAAGUUGAUAAUGCGAGUGAAACUCCUACGUAUAAAAGGCAGCUGGUACCCGUUGGUCGGGAGGUGUUGCCGGCAUCAGCAUUAUGCAAGUGGGGAGCUGAAAUACUGACCGCCGUCGAGAGCCUGCACAACUGCGGCGUUAUAUGCAGAGACCUGAACCCAUCCAACAUCCUGCUGGGGUCGGCAGGGCAGGUGACGCUGACGUACUUCACGUACUACAGCGGCGCCGACAUGCGCCACGUGUCCGACACCAGCCACAGCCGCAUGUACAUAGCGCCUGAACUUCACUCGCCGUGUCUAUAUUUCCCGGCGGAGUUGGACCACGUGUGUGACUUCUGGAGUUACGGCGCCAUCAUGUACGAACUGCUGUGUGGCGUGCCGUUGUCAUACUACCACCGCACGGUGUUCACGUCGCAUACCAUACUGCACUUGCCGGACGGACUAUCCAUGGAAGCACAGUCUUUACUUACACAGCUCCUAACAUACGAGCCAUCAGAACGCCUCGGGGCAGGUAAGGACGGCAUCGAAGAGAUAAAGCGACACCCGUACUUCAAGCAUAUCGACUGGCAGUACAUAUACGACAGCUGGACUGUGCCAGACUGAUGUAAGGCUGUGCAUAGUGCGGGGACAAUGUUGUCGAUACGUGAAUGAUUUGUCGAUGAAAUAGUUUUUGUUGUAUAUUGAUUUUGUAGUGUGAUUGGUUUGUUUAAAUAUUAUAUAAGAGUGUGAAAAAUCUGCUAAGUGAUUUUUUUUUAAUAAUCCGCAAAAUUAUUGAACGUUUAUUAAAGCUGGAAAGAUCUAUAGUGAACAAACUUAUAACAUUGUACUGUCAAACUGUAAUGUUAUAAGUCUAUCAUUGGAUUAAAAUGAAGAUUUUGCGAGAAAAUGUCAUUAUCUUUUACUCAAAAUUUUCAUAUAUUACACGUUUCAUACAAGAGUUAAUUAAAGUUUUAGUUACAACAAAAAAACAAUUACACUUAUAUAAGUUUGAAAAAAAAAACUGUAUACGACUAUACAACAGAACAAGACAAGUUACAAUUUACGUAUCGACAAUAUAUUACUUAAUCACGCACUGAGUACUCAGUAUUGUAGACUGUAGGUUACAAAUUGUAGUGAGGUUUGAUAAUGUAGGCUCGUAGCGACACUGUUGGUCAUUCUAGUGGUUUCUGAACGUAUUGGUACUUGAGGCUAUCGGAAUUAUAAUGUAAUAUGUAUUGUUAAGCUGUUUCAUCGACAACAUAAACGUAUUUUUUUCUUACCUUGACAAUUGUAUUGAAAAUUCAAUAGUUGUUUUAUGAAAACUGACUUUUAUCAAAGUCGAAGUCAAAUGUUUUUAUUUCCAAUAGGCCUUUGCAGGCUCUUAUGAAACGUCACACUAGUUGUAUGGUUCCAAAAAGUUGGUCUCAUGGAGAGGAGCCGGCAAGAAACUCUUUUAAAGAAUGUAGGUUUAUGGUGUCGAAGAACUUGGGCCUCAGUAUAUUAAACUAUGUAUAGCUCCUACAUAAUAUGUAUACUGUAUGCAUGUCGUGUAAUAUGAAAAUGUAUACAUAAUUACCUACAUAUCGAUAUCGAUAAAUUAUUGUACCUUGUAAGCUAACGGCACUAAGCGAAUGAAGCUAAAAGUUCAUUUUGUUUUAUUUUGUGGUGCUUAGUUAUUUUUAUAACUAAAAACUUACUGAAUGUAUGCUCUCUUAAUUUCAAAGCAUUUUCUGCAUUAUUUUUAAGUGGAAUUUUCUUAACAAUGUUAUUUUGAACUUUUGCACGCACCGAUCCGGGUGUAGACUUUAAAUGGGUAUGACUGAUGCUAUUGAUCAUCAUCAGCCUAUCGCAGUCCACUGCUGGACAUAGGCCUCUCCAAAUGCACGCCACUGAGAUCGAUUUUCGGCUUCUCGCAUCCAGCUCCUGCCAUUUGCAUUGAUCAAAUAAGUUAAUUACCGACCCUAUACUGAAACGUCACUUAAUUUUAAAUACUGCUCAAACGUAUGCUACGUUACUUACUGAGACAGAAAUUUAAGUAGAAGUUAAAGUUAAGUGACGUUUGGGUAUUUGAAGUUAUAUAAUAAGUAUUUUUUUAAUGAACCAAUACGUUCUAAGCCACCAUUAUCUCGAUAUGUCUGAGAUCUGUAUAGUACAACCAAUAUUCCUAUGUUUUAACAAAAUUCAAUAUCCAAUUGAAAUCAUUAUUAUUGUUUAAAAUAAAGAAGGGUUAACUAGGAGGUCAAGUAGUUAAUUUUAGACAUAUUUUGAGUUACUUACUUUUAUUUGAGUUUUUAAGUUAGUAUUGUCAGUUUUCUUUUUUAAUUUAAUUUAUCGUUUAUUAUACGUUAUUUGAAAAUUCUUUGUAAUUUUCUUUUUAUAGUUAGCUGGGAAAGUAUUUUAAAAUUUACUUCACUAAAAUAUUUUCAACUCGAUGUUAAUUGUGUGUGAAAGCAAAAAUUGCAAUCUCAAAAAAAUUCCGAAACAAAAAUGAAGAAAUUAUUUAUAUUUAUUAAAAUAUGAUAGUAACGCUUUAGCCAAAAUAUCUAUUACUUAAUUUUCUCAUAGAUUUGAAUUAUUUGGCUUAUAAUAUCAGUAUUUAUUAUUCGGACACAUGAUUUACGAAAUCUCUUAUUUAUACAUAUUGGUUUUGUUUCUUACACUUAUGUAGGAAUAAAUAAUUAUUAUAUAAAAUUGUGUGCAUCUAGUCUGUACGUUGAUUGUCCUACAAUUAAGAGUAUUAUUCACAUAUUUAUUUAUAUUUUAAGUAGUUUUAGUACAAAGUAUAAUCGUAAAUGAGUGUAUAAGCUUGUUAUAAGUUAUUAUUUUAAAGAAAGACAUUUAGUUUUAAUUUGUAUUUAGUUCCUUAAUGCUUUUCUAUUUACGCAACACUUAUACCUUGCUUUGAAAAUAAAUAUUAAAUAUAUUCUGCAUUUACUACAAACAUUUCAAUUAAAGAAUAUGCGCUAUUACGUAGAGAAGAGAAAGCUGAAUCUUAAUUUUUUUCUCGAAAUUACCAACAUAUCUUUACUUCGUAAUAGAUAUUAACUUCGUCAUAAACGAAGUUAAACACCUAUUCAUCGUCAUUAAUUAAUGUAAUUUAAUAGAUAGAUGGGUAUAUUAAUAUUAUACAAGGACCAUCUAAAUGCCUACCAACCCUAUCUAUUGUUUGUGUCUAAAAGCUUUGCUUGUCUGAAGUUGGCUACAAAUGUCUUCAUGCUAGUCAAAAUGUAUGAACAGAACAGUACUGGGCAUGCGCGAGGCAUCAGAUUGCUAACUUCGGAGAAGCAAAGUUAGUUGACGAGACUUUAUACAUAUUGUUUUAUCACAUUUACAAGAAAAUUAGAGAGAGAGAAGUGGAUAGUUUUUCCAAGGAGUCUGGUUUAUUCAUUCAUUUAUUUUAUCACUAUUUACUUAAACAUUAAUUAAAUUAUAGUUAUCUUGUCAAAUAUGUAUGAUCUCAUAUUAGGCCUCAUGUAUUAAUACGACCAAAUUGUUUAAAAUUAAUGUUAUUAUAGUAAAUAAUACAUUGUGUAUGUGAUACGAGUAGUUUGUGGUACUUCAUUUGAAUAGUAUUUGUAUGAUAGAAUAAAUGAAUACGAGUA